CUGAAACUGAGAACAACACAUUUUGGGAAGACAGCAUUCAUGUAUCACACAAUAAAUGUCUGUGGAUGUUCAGAAACAUUGGCUGAUAAGAUGACUCAAGAUAAAAUAUUCCAGCAUUAUGAUGAUCCACAGCACACUGCACAAAUCACAUAAAAGUCAAAACAUAAUUAUGAGCUGGUAAAAUAUGUCACCUGACCUGAAACAACAGAAGGUAAGAAGAAAACACAAGAAGCAAGCCUGCAUGUUUGCAGUGGACAGGAAAUGUGAACACGUCACACAACUGCUGUGGUCAAAGCUACAGGAGCUGUUUGAGUCAAAGUGUUUGAGAUCAGCUGAGGAUCAGAGUGCAGCAGGGCUGGAUGUGAGGAUGGGGCACUCUUUGCUCUGCAUGACGGGCUUAUUGUUGCUCGGUACUCUCUUCUAUGUUAAUGCUGAAGUUCCCAAUAAGCCCACCGUGAUCCUCGAACCAUCCUGGCCUCAGAUCUACAGCGGUGAGACAGUCACUGUCAGAUGUGAAGGAAGUCAGUCGCUGUUUGUAUGGAGAGAAGACGAGUUAAUCAGACCAUCAACAUCUGAAUACAGAAUCAGCAGAGCUACUGAGUCUGACAGUGGAGGAUACAGCUGCUGCACCAUGAGUCUUUCAGUGUGCAGUGACAUCAUCACACUGACUGUAUCAUCAUAUUAUCCCAGAGCCACACUGACAGCAGGAACAACAAUCAUACCAGUAGGGGGCAGUGUGACACUGACCUGCUCUGUGCAGAGCUCUGAUGGAUGGAAAUAUGAGUGGUUCAGACGAACCCAAACAACCUCUGAAGAUCCAAUCAGAGAUCAACAAAACAGAGAUAUCAGAGUAUCUCAAGGAGGAAUCUACAGCUGCAGAGGAACAAGAGGAAACCCAGUUUACUACACUGAUAUAAGUGAUGAUGUCACCAUUGAGAUAACCUUUUCCAAUAAAGUUGUUGUAAAACAACAACCCAACUGGCCUCAGAUAUUCAGAGGUGAGACGAUCACUCUGACAUGUGAGGUGCAGGAAGGAGGUGAAACCACUGAGUGGGAGUAUGAAUGGAGAGGACCCAGGACACCCACACAGUGGACACACAAUAAUGAUGUGACAUUCAGAGUUUCUGAGUCCAGCAGUGGAGACUACAUGUGUAAGAGUCGACGCAGAGAUGACUCAUAUUCUUCAACAGAGUGGAGUGAAGCCUUCACAUUGUCAGUAUCAAAUAAACCAAAGGCCAAACUGAGAGCUGAUAACACAGCUGUUCCAGUAGGGGGCAGUGUGACCCUGACCUGCUCUGUGAACCCAUCAUCAUCAUCUGGAUGGAAAUACUACUGGUACAGAGAUGAGAAAUCCUCUGAAGCCCUGACCACACAAGAUGCAGUUUUCCACUCAAAUGGACAAAUCAGUGUCUCACAGGAAGGACUCUACAGGUGCAGAGGAGGAAGAGGAAACCCAGUUUACUACACAGAGGACAGCCAGUCAGUCAGGAUUGGGAAAACUGUAACUGUGUCAGGAGCUGACGGCUCUUCAUCUCCUGUGUGGUUGAUUGUUGGACUGGUUUGUGGAGUCUCUCUCAUUAUUAUUCUCCUGCUCUUGUUGUAUCGCUGCAGAAGAACCAACAGUGCUGUUAAUGAGCAGACGUUCAAUCAACAUCAUCAGCAGCCAGUGUACUCCUCUCUUCUUGCUGGUGAUCAUUGUGGGUAUGAGAUAAUCAGAAGAUCUGAAAACUCUGACAAUGGUCCAGCAGAAGAUGUUUACGCCAAUGUCGCGUCUGUGAUUCAGCUCAAAGUCAUUAACAAGACAAGGCAACGUGGUGACGCAGAGGAGAGCUCUGACUACAAUAAUGUCAAUCUGUCAGGGUGCUGGGUCGUUGACCAAAGAUUCUGAGGUUAUUUUGCUUUUGUGAGUCUCUCUGUGAAAGUGUGAAGAUGGUCUAAGUUAAUGUUUAUACAGUUUAACCAGGAGUUUAGUUCUUUCUAUGUUUCUGAGUUUUCUUGUAUUUCCAGUUUAUGGUUUGUUGUCUGUGAGGUUCCACUUGUGUUUUUGUCUCAUCCCUGUGUCGCUUGUGAGAGUCUGUCAUGUCAUCCAUGUUUAUGCUCACUCGCCCUCCGUGUGUCUUAGUAGUGUCAGUGUGUUUUGUCUCCUUCUGUUUCAUCUUUUGCCUCCCUGUUUGUUUAUCCCUGUUUCUGCAUCAAGCUCGUGUGUUCAUGUACUUCCUGUUUUAUUUUGACAGUAUUUCAUCCCGUGUUCAGUGUGUUUGGUUUGGCUUCCCUGUCUCGUUACAUUCAAUUCAUCAGAGCUGUUUUCCAAUGUGUUUCCACUUCACUGAUCAUCUCUCAAUCCUUCAAAGGUGUGUCGAGGUAUUCCCAGUGUUCCACGUUUUCUGUUAGUUUAAGUUUUAGCUUUCCCAGUUUAGUUUUUUUUUCUCAGUCAGUUCUUUGUUUAUUUUUGGAUAACCUGAUUUGGUUCAUGUUUGUUUCCAGCCCUGAAAAACGUUUUUUGUUAAAAUUUUGAUUUUGCCUCUAGUUGUCUGCAUUUGGGUCCUUACAAAGAGCCACACAGUCUGCAGCCACAGAUUGUGACAAAAUCCAAAUUUAGCCACAGCUCUAAAAUCUUAACAGCAGCUCUUUAGCUGUUUUUCUCUUUAAAGUCUCUUAAAUACUUGACGUCACUUUGAGUGAAAAGGAGAAGAUUUUGAAUUCAAAGCAAUGAUCCUGAUGCCUGAGUUUAUAUUUCCUUCAGAAAGAAUCACUCAGUGUGUUUCACUUGUUUCUCUCCCAUUAGAUAAUUUUUAUUUACUUUAAUAUACUGU